AUGUUCCGCUAUAUUCUCAUCCUUCUUGUCGCCCUCAUCGCUUUCUCUUCCGCUCAAUGGGGUUACGGACCAUACUACGGGUACCCAGCUAAUCCUGGAUACGGAGCUUAUGGUGGAGGCCUUCUUGGAUUGUUGAUUGGAAAGAAGUAG